CCCCCGUACGUCCCGACGUCACAGGGACCAGAACACAGAAGCCGGAUGCCGGCCUUAGUCGGAGGAGAUGGCUGGGGACGCUGCAGGGGACACAUCGCGGGAGCGAAGGACAAGGUAAGUGCUGCAGGGACUCCCUAUGCAGCGCCGCAUGGUAAGCCCGAGUGUAGCUCGGGUUUACCGCUUUUGGUACAGACAUUUUACCCCGAGCUACACUCGGGAAUACCGCCAGGGGGGUUAAGGAGCGCAACAUUUAAAGGGAGUUAUUUACUAAAAUUGGAGGGUGCAAAAUCUGGUGCAGCUCUGCAUAGAAACCAAUCAGGUUCCAGGUUUUAUUGUCAAAGCUUAAUUAAACAAGCUGAAGUUAGAAGCCGAUUAGCUACU